AAGUUUCGGGGGGAGGAAAGAAAAGUUCUUUGGGUUGUGGGUCGGUCGGUUGGGUUUGGGUUUUUUUUUUCUCUCUUUUCUUCUUUGGGAUUUUUUUUUUUUUAAUUAUUUAUUUAGUAAGACGAGCAAAAAGCGAGCGGGGAGCGCGGGGCGGGCAUGGUGGGGCCGCGGAAGCCACCCGGCCGCUGAAGCCGCCUCGCCGCACUGGCUGCCAACGCCCGGCCCCGCCGCGACCCCGGCCCCGGCUCCGGCUCCGCCGCUGGCCGCGGCGCCCCCGCCAUGACGCCGGACCUCCUCAAUUUCAAGAAGGGAUGGAUGUCCAUUUUGGAUGAACCAGGAGAGUGGAAGAAACACUGGUUCGUGCUGACAGACUCGAGCCUGCGCUAUUACCGGGACUCAAACGCAGAGGAGGCAGAUGACCUUGAUGGAGAAAUCGACCUCCGCUCGUGCACGGAUGUGACGGAGUUUGCAGUGCAGCGUAACUAUGGCUUCCAGAUACACACAAGGGAUGCUGUCUUCACCCUGUCAGCGAUGACCUCAGGCAUCCGGCGCAACUGGAUCGAGGCCCUGAGGAAGAAUGUGCGCCCAGUGAGUGCUCCAGAUGUCACCAAGCUCUCUGACUGUGAUAAGGAGAACUUCCGUAACUCUGUACCCCAGAAAGGCUCACUCCAGACAGAGGAGCAGCAGCGGCUGGGCUCGGGCUCUGAGGGGAACUUGAAGGGCAGUCACUGGAAGGCAGAUGGGCAGCACCAUGCCUUUGACUACGUGGAGCUGUCCCCCUUGCCACAGGACCCUGGGAAUCAAGGGUCCCCACAGAGGACGAGAGGGAGCUUAAGGGUCUCUGACCGAAGUUCCAAACAUGAGGAUCUGGAGCGGGAUCUGGCCAUCCGUUCAGAGGAGAGGAGGAAAUGGUUUGAGUCCCCUGAUGGCAGGGUCCCAAACAGCGAUGGCCCAGUGGGAGACCCUUCCCGCAGGGUUGGGGAGCAGGAUCUCCCUGCUCCCCCACUUUCAGAGGACCAGAGGGUUCGGCUGAAUGAGGAGAUAGAGAAGAAGUGGCUGGAGCUGGAACGCCUGCCCUUGAAGGACUCACGACGAGUGCCCUUGACAGCACUGCUGAAUCAGAGCAAAGGGGGCCAUGGAGACACCAGUGAAGCAUUGAAAAAGGAGGUCCAGUCACUGCGGGCACAGCUGGAGUCCUGCCGGGCCCGAAAUGAGAGCCUUCGGGAGGCAGCCAAAUUGCAGGGAGACAGCCAAGUGCCACGGGGGUACAUCUCACAGGAGGCCUGUGAGCGCAGCCUGGCUGAGAUGGAGUCAUCCCACCAGCAAGUGAUGGAGGAGCUCCAGAGGCACCACCAGCGGGAACUGGAGCGGUUGCGGCAGGAGAAGGAGCGGCUCCUGGCAGAAGAGGCAGCAGCAACAGCAGCAGCCAUCGAAGCACUGAAGAAAGCCCAUCGGGAGGAGAUGAAUAAGGAGCUGGGCAGGACACGAAGCUUCCAGCAGUGCAGCUCGGUCUCAGAUGCACUCCAGAAGCAGCACCAGCUGGACAUGGACUCUCUGAAGCGGGAGCUGCAGGUGCUUUCUGAGCAGUAUUCCCAAAAGUGCCUGGAAAUUGGGGAGCUCACCCAGAAAGCAGAGGAGCGGGAACAGACACUGCAGCACUGUCAGCAGGAGGGGAAGGAGCUCCUCCGGAAAAACCAGGAGCUGCAGACUCGCCUCUCGGAUGAGAUCGGGAAGCUGCGAAGCUUCAUUUCGUCUCGGGGCUCUCUGCACAACAACGAGCGGAGCUCCUGCGAGCUGGAGGUACUUCUGCGAGUGAAGGAGAACGAGCUCCAGUAUGUAAAGAAAGAGGUGCAGUGCCUGCGGGAGGAGCUGCAGAUGAUGCAAAAGGAUAAGAGAUUUGCCUCAGGGAAAUACCAAGAUGUCUAUGCAGAGCUGAACCACAUUAAGGUGCGCUCGGAGCGAGAGAUCGAGCAGCUGAAGGAGCAUCUGCGCCUUGCCAUGGCAGCUCUGCAGGAGAAGGAGUCACUGUGCAACAGCAUCAGCAAGUAACGGUCUGCCCUUCAUUUGUUUAUCUGUUCUUGUUUUGUAUUUGCUCCAUUCCUCACUUGUGGGGAGGGGGAGGUUGAAUCCCAUCCAUUAUCUCCUUGGCGAGGAAUCCCACACACACCCCCAGCCUCCUUAUUCCCCUCCCAAAGCUUUUUUUUGAUGAAACCUUUUUGCCUGCAUACCUGAGCACAUUGUUUGCACCUUCUUCAGGAUUUUAUAUGUGAAAAUUAUAUUUUAUAGAGGAAUUUUUCCCCCCAGGGAAGAGGGGAAGAGGAGGGGGAAAACUUUUACUACAUCACCAGCAUUUUCUAACCUGAACAAAGAGAAUCUGGUUUUGACCCCUACCCAGCCCUCUUGCUUCCUGCCACACAACCACUUUAGUCACAUGUUCCCUCUCUUCCAAAUGUCUCCGUGGCUCCCUUGGGAUGUAGGGUGAGGACUGUGCUCCGCCGCCCUACACCACCCCCGGGGACCUGCGGAGAAGACACACAAGCCAUAGGAGGGAGCCGCUGGGGCAGUCUGCCAUGGGCAUGCUUGCCUGGGACUUUUGAAAGAGGAGACCUUGGCAAGACGUCUGCAUGAUCGAGCUCUCUCCAUGACUGUCUGUUGGCUCCUUCAAGAACUCAAGCUGGCAGGAACCCAGAGCCACAAGGCUUCUCCUUUCCAGGGAAAAGGAGCUGUGAGGCUGCUACUGCACCUGCUGGAGCCACCCCCUCUUCGAGGUGGCAGCUGCUGCUGUGCUGCACCCUUCAACUUUUAACUUAAUAAAAUCUAUCCCUUUUGCUGAGAAAAA